AUGGUCGGCUCGAUCACCUUGUUAGGCCUCGCCCUCUGGGCUCGAGCCGCUUUCUCUGCCAUCACUACCUCAGAGUCGUCGAGCGCUAUCAACAUCUCCAAUGGAAGACUUUCCAUUGUGGUCUCAAAGAGUGCAGGUACGGUAAGUGGCAUCACCCUCGAUGGCCAGGACCUGCUCGGCUCCGGGGGAAGGCUCUACCUCGACUGCCACUGCGAUGGCGGAUACUGGAGCUCGGGGACAGGAACCCUUUACAAGGGAACCGACAGCACCGGAACUGCCUGGGCUGGCGUCAAGCUGGGCAGCAACUUUGCCGACAAACACGUCAUGGAAUCGUACUUCUUCCUCCGAGAUGGCGAGACUGGUCUUCACACAUUUGGCCGUGCUGCAUACCCUGACGGCGGUGCCCUUGGCGAGAUGCGCUUUCUCUUCCGCCCCACUUCGACCAUCUGGAAUCAGCUCUCGUCCAGCAAUGACAUGUGGUCUGUAAUACCCACUGGAACCCGCGAGACCGUCCAGGACACAACCUACUACGUUCCGGGAAGUGGUCUCAACGAAGUGUACCGCAAGCAAAUGUCAGACUAUUUUUCCAAAUAUAUGUUUUCUGAGUCUUGGGAAAAUCACACACACCACGGCAUGUUUGCGGACGGUACAGGCACGAAUGACGGGAGUGUAUAUGGAGCUUGGCUUGUCAUGAACACCAAAGACACUUUCUACAACGGGCCAAAAUGGUCUGAUUUGACUGUCGAUGGCAUCGUUUAUAACUAUGUUGGUACGUGGCAAUUCGACACUAUCCUGUAUGUUCACACAUUAUGUAUCAAUGCUGACUCUUUAGUCUCUAAUCACCACGGAAAUGGAAACCCCGAUCUUACAGGCGGGUUCGAUCGCACCUUUGGUCCAUCAUAUUACUAUUUCAACAAAGCUGCGAAGGGCACCUCGAUCCAAGCCCUGCGUGCCGAUGCAGGAAAGUUUGCAGACCCAUCUUGGAACUCGCAGUUCUAUGAUUCGAUCGCCCAAUACGUUCCGGGCUACGUCGCAACAUCUGGUCGCGGUACUUGGACCGGUCAAAUCAAACUCCCGGCUGGUGUCUCCUACCCUAUCGCUGUCCUUGCCAGCAACGGACUCGACUUCCAGGACAACAACUUCGACACAAAGUCAUACCAAUACUGGGGCUACAUCGGCUCCAACGGCGCCAUCACUCUUCCCCGUGUGAAGGCUGGUACGUACCGCCUGACGGUUUACGGCGACGGCAUCUUCGGGCAGUACACGCAAGACGGCGUAGUCAUAAAAGCAGGAGCUACUACAACAACAUCGGCAACCUGGGUCCCAGAGUCCGCUGGCACUGAGCUCUGGCGUAUCGGUACGCCUGACCGGAGCUGCGGCGAGUUCCGCCACGGCAAGGAGAGAGACACGACACGCUCCAACGCGCCGAACCAGUAUCGCCUGUACUGGGCGGUGCACGACUUUCCGAAAGACUUCCCGAACGGCGUCAACUUCCACGUUGGCAAGAGCAACAUCGCCACCGACUUCAACUACAUGCACUGGAGCGUCUUCGGCGGAAAGGGAAACACCAUCCGGCCCGAGCCGUACUACACCAACGUCAACAACUGGACCGUCACCUUUGACGCGACCGCCGAGGCUUUGACGGGGAAGACAAAGGCGACCUUCACCAUCCAGCUGGCCGGUGUCAAGACGUCCGCUGGCAACACCGACAGCGAUAGUAAGCCCUUUGGCAACUUGCCAUAUACUGUGGUCUUCAACGGAAAGGCUCUUCCUGUCUGGACUAUCUCGUCCAAGCAAAGCAGCUCGUGUGGUGCCCGCUCCUCUGAUUCGUGCUAUGUCACGGGCAAUAAAUGGACCUUCGAUGCCAGCACACUAAAAGCAGGCCUGAAUACUAUUGUGCUCUCUCUCCCUGAGCGAGCCACAGCGCCUGAAGACGCGGUCCUGCCCGAGAGCACCUAUUUGCAGUAUGACGCCUUGCGGCUGGAGCUUGCUUAG